AUGGCGAAAUUGCAAGAUCUUGCACAGGAACAAAAGAAAUUUGAGAUCAAGAAAGAAAAGUUCUUUCGAGAUUACUACCGUAAAGAAUCGAAACGCAACCAAGGAGACGCGCGGACUUGCUUCCGUUAUCCGGAGCAUCUGGUCUCUUCGGCGCUUUGCGCAAAUCUCCAGAUCCAAUCCGAAUGGGAAGCGAAGCUUGAAAAGCUACUGAAGACGCGGUCUAGGUUCAUGGAGGAUGAGGUUGAUUUGUCUCCUACGGCUGACGUUCUAUGCGGAGUGGACAGAUGCAGCUGGAACAUAUUUUCUGUGGCUGCUCGUUAUCUUCGAGCGUGCCUAAAGUUGCCAAGUAAUCAGAUUCUCAACGUUAUCCUUCAGAUCUCGGACAUGAAAGGGAAUCUGUCAUAUAAAUAUCCGGAUAUCAUCCACUUAGUAUAUGAGCAUGAUGAAGCUGGUGUUUGGGUUUCAGAAGUACUAGGCCAUUUGAAAGCUGUGGAGUUAAAGCUUCGGAGGUCCUUAACUGUUCUCCUAAUCGCCUUCUCGAGAUCUAAAGCACAAGAUCCAACUGAUCGCAUUGCGGCGCUGUUAUCAUUGACUAACGAUACUAGUCAAAGACUGUUGAAACCAAACUACUCUUUGGGCGCUGGACAUGCUUACCAACGGGCUAUGAUCAAAGCCUUUUCUGAGAACAUGGGACUUGUUCUUCUCGAAAAUUUUGUGUCGCCAUCACUGAGCCACAUACCGGGAACAUCAUCUUGCGUACCGGAUUUUGCAUGCUUUUCUCCCUGGUGCGAUGUACUGGAGAUUUCGGAGGAGCAUGAUUUGGACCAUGAUCCAUAUCGUAUCGAAGACAACUUCACUCAUCCAGAAUUCACAGUCCACGGUAACCUUCUCUCAGCAUACGGCGAAGUACUAGAUUCUAUAGCCUAUUGUACAUCUAUCAUUUCUCCAGCUGGGAUGUAUCAUUUUCAAUCAAAUCAUGCCAUCCGGGAAGGACAUCUCAUUUUGGAUCAAUGCCUGCCCAGGGUGCAUGAUUUCACGUUUAUUGCCUCAGUCCAGGAAGGAGUCCUCUGCUACGAGAGCAAUCCAUGGCUACUAGAAAAAUCGAUUCUAGAUAUCAUACAAUCUCGCAACGGUCAAGCCGCACUUCAAGAUAAUGGAACCUCCCUCUCCCAUUAUCGCAUUUAUGCUCGCGAUGGCACAAGAAAAUCCAAGCAAAAAUGGAGCUCUCAAUUAUACGUCCACAAUCAAGGUCGCCAGCUCUUGAGAACAGCCGAUGGAUGGUUGGCAAUUGGUCCUGCUAGGAUUAAUAGUCUCAAGGUUGGUGAUUUAAUUGUAAGCUUGGGUGCCCGUUCAGAAUCCUAUGCCUUGCGGCCUUUGGCGGAUGGAACACACUUAUCACGAGGUUUGGUAGAAGUCGAAGACCACUCAGCGGUCAACUACAAGGAGCCUAAGUUUCCUUGA